UUUAUGCCGUAAAAGCCGGACAAUAAAGGAAGAUGCACACGACGAUGUUACCCUCAAUUUAGUCCGACUAGAUAUAUAGGACAAAGGUGACCAGGGGUUUUGAGGGGGGGUGCCAGCAAAGAUAGCAACGAUGUCUAAACAACCACAACCGAUCAGCCCAUUAAAAAAUUUCUUCGCUGGCGGCUUCGGAGGCGUUUGUCUGGUCUUUGCUGGGCACCCCCUUGAUACCAUAAAGGUGCGCCUACAGACUCAACCCAAGCCCAGUCCAGGCCAGCCGCUGCUGUACACUGGCACCUUCGACUGCUUCAGGAAGACCUUUGCCAGGGAGGUGAGAAGGAAAACACCCGAAAUCCCGGCGUGCGCGUGUCAGCAACGUGUCAGCGGCGUGCGCGUGUCAGCAACGUGUCAGCGGCGUGCGCGUGUCAGCAACGUGUCAGCGGCGUGCGCCUGUCAGCGGCUUGUCAGCGGCGUGCACCUGUCAGCAACGUGUCAGUGGCGUGUCAGCGGUGUGCGCGUGUCAGCGGCGUGUCAGCGGCGUGUCAGCGGCGUGUCAGCGGCGUGUGCCUGUCAGUGGCUUGUCAGCGGCUUGUCAGCGGCUUGUCAGCGGCUUGUCAGCGGCGUGCGCGUGUCAGCAACGUGUCAGCGGCGUGCGCGUGUCAGCAACGUGUCAGCGGCGUGCGCGUGUCAGCGGCUUGUCAGCGGCGUGCGCGUGUCAGCGGCGUGCGCGUGUCAGUGGCAUGUCAGCGGCGUGCGCGUGUCAGCGGCGUGCGCGUGUCAGCGGCGUGUCAGCGGCGUGCGCGUGUCAGCGGCUUGUCAGCGGCGUGCGCGUGUCAGCGGCGUGCGCGUGUCAGCGGCUUGUCAGCGGCGUGUCAGCGGCGUGUCAGCGGCUUGUCAGCAGCACUCUCCCGUUAAGACCCUCCAUGACUGGCCAUCUGUCCCCAGGUACCCGCAGCUCUUUGCAGCAGGAAUGCUGUCAGGGAUCUUCACUACUGCUAUCAUGGCUCCCGGGGAGAGGAUCAAGUGUCUCUUGCAGAUUCAGGCUUCAUCGGGAGAAAUUAAGUAUGCUGGGCCCAUGGACUGCGUGAAGCAGCUGUACCGGGAGAGUGGGAUCCGGGGCGUUUACAAAGGCACUGGGCUGACUCUCAUGAGGGAUGUGCCGGCCAGCGGGAUGUACUUCAUGACUUAUGAGUGGUUGAAGAACAUCUUGACACCAGAAGGCCGGAGCCCCAGUGAGCUGAGUGUGCCGAGCAUCCUCUUCGCCGGCGGCAUGGCUGGCAUCUUCAACUGGGCCGUGGCCAUCCCACCUGAUGUGCUUAAGUCCCGCUUCCAGACAGCUCCUGAAGGAAAGUACCCCAACGGCUUUCGGGACGUCCUCCGCGAGCUGCUCAGAGAAGAAGGCGUGGGCUCCCUAUACAAGGGCUUCACGGCCGUCAUGCUGAGGGCUUUCCCCGCCAAUGCCGCCUGUUUCCUUGGGUUUGAAGUCGCAAUGAAGUUCCUCAACUGGGCCGUGCCGAACCUGUGACCCCACCCUACCCAUUUCCCCCCCAACCUCUGAUUUGGACCGAUUCACGCCCAAAAACACAGUCACACCAAGGCUAAGUAGGACUGAUGGAGGAAUGGGCGUGACAGCUGGAGUCGUCUAGCUACCUGUUCUCGUUUGCUUGAAGUUUAAUUCUAUUUUUUUUUUUUAAACAACAAAGGGGGAAUUGGACACAGGUGCCUUACACUGUCUGAAUGUGUCUCCUCAAUGCACAUGCACUCUGUUUGUGUGGGACAAGCCAUUAGCUCCCAGUUCUGCAGCGGUCUAUAGUACGACUGUAAAACCAUCUCUGAUUUCUCUGAGUGUGUUUCUGUGUCCAUGUCACUAAAUGUCAGGUUCUGUCUCUAAGGGGACAGCUUUGCUGAAAUUCACACAAAGGGUAAUUAUUAUAAUUUAUCAUUCUGUUGUUAAUUAAUUCCAAAGAUUGACAUUUAAUACAUUUAAUCUUGAGAUCGGGACCGCAGGUGCCCGUCACAUUAACACGUAGCUGCCACUGGCCAUAGAGAUGCAACACCACAUGUCGAGACAUUAAUAAAUAUGAGAACAAACAUGCUACUAUGUAGCAAUGUGAUAGGUUCUAUUAUGUUUUAUGUCUUAAGCGCUGUGGGAUUUGAAACAAACGUCUACAUGGAAACAGAAGGCAUCAGGGUCGAAUACCCAGUAUCACUUGGAGUGGUCUAUCAGUAAUGCAAGAGAGGGCAAACUUUUGAGAAGCAGUUCAACUGCCUUGUAUUCCUGGAAGACAUUUUACCUGGCUGACUUAGUUAUGUAGGCUUGUAUUUGUAACCAUGUCAACUUCACACAUGCAUGGGUUCCCAGAAUGCUGAAACGGAUGGAUGGAUGGAAAACAGACUGACUGACAGAUAGCACAUGCUGAAUUGUUUUACGUGAUGGGUGUAAGGUGAGCUCCAAUGUGCUGGGGUUUACAGUCCUGCUAGAACAUGACCAAUGCGUUCCUCCAAAACCUCGCGUUCACUAAAAUCGCGAACCAAAAUACUCGUAUCCAACUGGAAAACCGGGAUUUGGGGAAUGCAACUCCAAAACGUAACUUAGGCCAAGCAACAUGAAUUAAAUAAUAGAAUCAGUAAUACCAGUGGUCAAUAAUGUAAUUAUAUGUAUUUUAAAUCCAUCCAUCCCUCCAUACAUUUUCUGUAACAUCCUAUUAAGGGUUGCAGGGGGCCCAGAUCCUAUUCCGCAGGCUCCAGGUGCAAGGCAAGGAACACCCCAGGGUGGUAUAUUUUAAAUAAUAAUAAUGCAUUAAUAAAUUAUAUCAUAAACAUAAUCUCACGAGAAUUGCCUAGUAACUGCUUCAACCAAAACUGCUAAACUCAUCACCUUGCCGAUUGCGAUGAAUUGGGAGUGGUAAUGGCCAAAAUGACGCUUCAUGAACCAUUUGCUGUAUUUUCUGUUCCCACCAGAUGGUGCUCUUGGUUUACUUUGGGGCAUGCUUCAAGUUUGUUUUUCUUGUUUUUUUUUUUUUAAACAGUGGGGUCGGAAGAGAUAGCACAUGGUUCAUGAGGCGAUGUUUUGGUCAUCAUUAGUAGAUUUUUAGAAUCUAAGACUUUGACCUGUGCAAUAUGUGGAUGUACAAAAAGUUUGAUCCUUUUAGAUUUGAAAACCAUUUUGACUGAAAAGAAGAGGUGCAAAAAGAAUGAUUUCUUCAUGAAUCGGAUAUCGCUAUCGGAUAUUCACGUGGAUCGCUGUUUUUGCCUGUAAGUAGUGUUUCUCACUAAGACCAUAUUAUGUUGUAGUUUGCACGAUUUUCAGUCAGAGAGGAAAGCAAUUACAAAUGCGAUUUCGCACUGUAUUGAA